CACGUGAGGGGGCGAGGCGGUGGCUGCUGGGCCCCGGCUCCCAAGAUGGCGUCGCUGCUGCAGUCGGAGCGGGUCUCGUACCUGGUGCGCGGCGAAAAGGAGAUCCGCGCGCCGCUCUCCCAGCUCUACUUCUGUCGCUACUGCAGCGAACUCCGCUCCCUGGAGUGCGUCUCCCACGAGGUGGACUCUCACUAUUGUCCCAGUUGCCUAGAAAAUAUGCCAUCAGCUGAAGCUAAGCUGAAGAAGAAUAGGUGUGCUAACUGUUUUGACUGCCCAUGCUGCAUGCACACGCUUUCCACCAGGGCGACAAGCAUUCCUGCUCCACUUCCUGAUGACCCAGCCAAGACUACAAUGAAGAAAGCAUAUUACCUGGCCUGUGGAUUUUGCCGCUGGACUUCCAGAGAUGUGGGCAUGGCAGAUAAGUCUGUUGCCAGUGGUGGUUGGCAGGAGCCGGAGAAUCCACAUACACAGAGGAUUAACAAACUGGUUGAGUAUUACCAGCAGCUGGCUCAGAAAGAGAAGAUUGAGCGGGACCGUAAGAAGCUGGUGCGACGCCGAAACUACAUGCCACUGGCCUUUUCGCAACACACAAUACACGUAGUGGACAAAUACGGCCUUGGAACCAGACUCCAGCGUCAGAGGCCUGGGAUGUCCAUCAGUGCUCUUUCCGGACUCUCCCUGAAAGAAGGAGAGGACCUGAGGGAGAUAAAGAUUGAGCCCGCUGAUGCUGUAGAAGAAGUGGAACCUCUGCCUGAGGAUUAUUACACAAGACCAAUAAAUCUAACAGAGGUGACUACCCUGCACCAACGUCUUCUGCAGCCUGACUUCCAGCCAAUCUGUGCUUCCCAGCUCUACCCACGCCAUAAGCACCUUCUGAUCAAACGCUCGCUGCGCUGUCGGAAAUGUGAACAUAAUCUGAGUAAACCAGAAUUCAAUCCAACAUCCAUCAAAUUCAAAAUCCAACUGGUUGCUGUCAACUACAUUCCUGAGGUGAGGAUCAUGUCCAUUCCCAACUUGCGCUACAUGAAGGAGAGCCAAGUUCUUCUGACUCUGACCAAUCCAGUGGAAAACCUCACCCAUGUCACACUGAUGGAGUGUGAGGAGGGAGACCCUGAUGACAUCAACAGUACUGCUAAGGUGGUGGUUCCUCCCAAGGAGCUAAUCCUAGCUGGCAAAGAUGCUGCAGCAGAAUAUGACGAGUUGGCAGAACCUCAGGAUUUUCAAGAUGACCCUGACAUUGUAGCCUUCAGAAAGGCCAACAAGGUGGGAGUUUUCAUCAAGGUCACUCCACAGAAAGAAGAGGGUGAAGUGACCAUGAGCUUUAAGAUGAAGCAUGAGUUUAAAAAUCUGGCCGCUCCAAUCCGCCCCAGUGAGGAAGGUGAUCAGAGUUCUGAGGUCAUCUGGCUUACCCAUCAUGUGGAGCUCAGCCUUGGCCCACUGCUCCCAUAAUGGCUUCCAACAGCUGGAUCCAUAAAGGUGGCCAUGGGGUAGACUCUUUUGCCAUGACAGAAUGCAUCCUGUUGAAAUGGUUUGUGAAACCUCCUUUGUGAUGUGUACACGCACCACAAAUUCCCGCCAAGAAAUGAGGAGGAGGUUGCACGAGUCGGGGGGGAAGGUAACUCUGUUGUCGGAUGAUUUGUUCUGCUCUCUGUAAUGCCUACUAUGUGAAUCUGUGGCUUUCUCACAACACCACAUGCUUGUUUAAGUUACAGCACAAAGAAGGCCAUCUCUAGACCUGUGUUAUCCCUUGCUGAAGUCACAUUAGCAUUACCAACAAAAAAACCCAAACCCUUACGCUGGCUUUCCUCUUCUCCAUAUCAGUCCCAUGACGCCAAUAUUUAAAUACUCAACAAAACAAAUCCUUUCUCUGGUAGAGCCUGCUGUUCAUGAGCAAACACUCCAGGGCUGUGGCCCUGUCUCUUCGGUUACAAUAGCCAUCUGUUGCAGCAGCAUGCUACACUCUUACUUGCUUCCCAUCCCCUAUUAGAAUCUCAUUAGUUUGAAAUUUUCUUUAGCCCAGGCACUCAAAGGCGUACCCCCCCCCCCCUUAUGAAAAAGAAUGCUUCGCUCUCUACAGCUUAUUUGGGAGGCAAUAGAUCUUAACAAUUUAUUUGCUUCUUGUGUUGAAAUACAGUCUACUGUAGCUCUUGUGGGCUUGGCUUAUAAUUUAUAUCAUUUAAACCUUUUUUUGUUGGAAAAUGUAGGUUAUUAUGCAUGGCUUUCUAGGAUUUGGGAGGACCAAUAGGUCACUGAAGUGAAAAUGCUGCUGCUUCAGUUUUUAUUGAGGCUAGGACACUACUGAGUGCAAUUUUUGCAUUCAAUAAAUUAUUUUUAAUGAAUGGUGAAAUCAACCAAAGAAUAUGACAGCUCAGAUCAUUUCAAUACACACAAAACCUUUAAGGGUUCAGGAGUGUGCUCAGUGUGUUUACUAGUGACUUGGGGGGGGGGGGGGGGUUGUGGGCUCCUUGAGCAGAAAAAAAUUAAAAGAAAGGCUUAUGCUAACCCUCCGCACUUCGGAAGUAUAUACCAGGCCAUAACAUAACUGUAAUUUAUGUGCUACCAUGAGGCUUAUUUUGGCUGCAAGUCAGAUCUAAAACCAGUUACAAACAGCAUGUCCAUGACUCUUAUUGUAACAUGCCACCAUUACCACUAACUACAGUAUUAUAGUGCAACCAGUGUGGGAUUUCUCUUCCUACAAAGAUUAUUUUUCAGUUGCUCUUAGUUAAAAGCAGUGACUUUUGUGAAACAUCUCCCUGAAUGAGCAGCAAAUGCAGACUACAAAAAUCUUUAUCUUGGGGCUUUGACAUGCAACCUGAAGAUAACCAAGUGGCCUUCAAGCCCUUCCAGAUAUGCUCUGCUUAGUUAAAUAAGGAACAUGUGUACUGUAUAUGACUCUGCUGUUCUGUAGUGUAAGAUGUGUGGCAUCUGGGAAAGGAGAAAAAUGCAUAGUUUUAACUUAGUCAAAUAUUAAUGCAAUGAAUAGACUGGGGCAUCGUGGCAUGCAGAAACUGCUACCCUUUUUGUGUCCAGAGGUAGUCAUAUUGAUCUGCAUCCUGUUUGACAGCCUUUGGGAAGGAGCUGCACCUUAUCUGCUAGUUUGUGCAAUGGAUAUCACAGCAGAGAGGGGCUUAAUGUUUACAAAUUUGCGUAGAUGAUACACAGAUGUACAGCAUGAGUUUAAGUGUAGCCAGUAUUUAUUCAUAAAUGUAUAGUGUUAAUAAGUGUCUGCUACUGUCUUAUGUAACCAAAUAACAACACUUAAGCUUUGAGUUUUCUUCAGUAGCCAAAGUAACUGGCAAACUAUCAACACUAUCUAUCAAAAACCAUCUUUUCCAAACUAGUUUUUGGCUGGCUGGCUGAUAUUUUCAAACUGGAUAGUUCACCACUGGUAGCUGAGUUUAGAGCUGGGAUGUUGCUCUAUUGAACUACACAAGAAAGGUUCUUUAGCACCUAGUUAUUGUUUUAAGAAAAUCAGAUGUACUCUGGUGCUCUGAAUUGCUAUCUUGAAAAGUAAAGGGCACAUUGGCUUUGAAUGGCUUAACUAGUCCGGUGAAUUUCUUUUCCCUUAAAAGCUUAUAGGAGAUAGGAGUAACUUUAGCUGUUUUCCAUGCAUAUUUGUGCAAAACACCUCACUUAUUCCAAUGGAGAACAAUGGAAACACUCUGCCGUUAUCGAUGUUAACUCCAUUCAUGACAGAUUAUUGUGUUGCCUUAUAGCUUAAUUUAUGUGGUGAACUUAAAAUAAAUAAAGCAGACAAAGCUGG